UAAAAAUGGGUUCACCUUACGAAUAUUCACAGUAUUUUCACUGUGUUUUUGCGUGACCCCCUGAUAUCUGCCAUUGCGUUGCGAGAGGGGCAGGGACGAUCUGUAAUUCUAGGUAUUCCGGACAACUGAGAAGUCUGGACCAAUUCUAACAACCUCCACACGACCUGACUCGACGAGUUCACGACGGCACAUCAUAGAUAUAUAUACCAGUCGACACUCUACAAUUGUUAAAAGGACUUGGCGAACAGCAACGCAUACCCGUGGAGGGCCUUCCCACAAGCCCAAAAGCCCAACGAGCGAUAGUCCACACCUGUUCGAGAUGGAUGAUUUCGUGAGCGAGUCUGAUAGCGACUAUACCAGUUAUUGGCGGGAUUGGUUUAUAUCGUCACGCGGAAACGAAUACUUUUGCGAGAUCGACGAAGACUACCUGACAGACAGGUUCAAUCUCACAGGUCUCAACGCCGAAGUCCAAUACUAUCAAUAUGCACUUGAUCUCGUCACCGACGUUUUCGAUCUCGAUUGUGAGGAUGACAUGCGAGAGACGAUCGAGAAGUCUGCCAGGCAUCUAUACGGCCUCGUCCACGCCAGAUACAUCGUGACCACGCGUGGACUUCAGAAGAUGCUCGAGAAGUACAAAAAAGCCGAUUUCGGAAAAUGCCCGCGCGUCAUGUGCCAGUCGCAUCCGCUACUACCCAUGGGUCUCUCGGAUGUUCCCAACCUCAAACCUGUCAAGCUGUACUGCGCGCGAUGCGAGGACGUCUACAACCCCAAGUCAUCGCGCCACGCUACCAUCGACGGUGCCUACUUCGGGACCUCCUUUCACAAUGUCCUCUUCCAAGUUUACCCGACACUCGUGCCUACGAAAAGCAUCGAGCGCUACGUCCCGCGCGUUUACGGCUUCAAAGUGCAUGCCUCGGCUGCGCUGAUUCGGUGGCAAGAUCAGAAGAGGGACGAGAUGCGCAGGCGGUUACGGAAGAUGGACGUGGACGUGGGCUUUCCGGACGACACCUCUGACGUGUUGGAGGAGGAGGACGGCGACGUCCAAUUCGAGGGCGCAGAUACACGCGUCGCCGUGGCGGAUGGGACUGGUCGCAAUGUUUGAGCGUGCGUUGUUACGUUAUAAUGAACAAAUAUUAACGGGUCGCUUUCUACCCAUCACUUGUAAACCCGUGAUACACCGGCGACAAGAACGCCGACAAGCUCCCAAUUCGUUGCAAGGCGAGGGGUGGUUGAAUAUCCGUUUGCUCACGUUUUCCAAGAUGGA